AUGGCCAACAAACCACAACCCGUUGCGGUAACAAUACCAAAUCAAAAUCAGGAAGAAUAUGAACAAAAAAAUGUACACGAAGUAUAUGAAGUAAUUGCGACUCAUUUCAGUGAUACUCGUUAUAAACCUUGGCCAGUUGUAGAAAACUUUUUACAUAGUUUAAAACCUGGUAGUCUUGGUGCUGAUGUAGGCUGUGGAAAUGGUAAAUACAUUGGUGUCAACCCUAAUCUUAUGAUCCUCGGCUCAGACAGGAGCUCCAACUUGAUCAAGAUUGUGCAUGAUCGCGGAUUUGAGGGCAUGGUAGCAGACGGACUUAAUUUACCAUACAGAUCUAAUUCAUUCGACUUUGCUAUUUCUAUUGCUGUCAUACAUCAUUUUGCUAGUCCAGAAAGAAGAUUACAGGCUAUUAAGGAUUUAUUCAAGAUUGUCAAACCUGGGGGGAAAGUGUUAGUAUUUGUAUGGGCAUUAGAACAAACAAAGUUUAGUAAACGUAAUUUUGAGCCUGGGCAACAAGAUGUAUUUGUACCUUGGAAGUUGACACCUAGAAAAGGACAAAAAGAAGAAGAGGUGAAUAAUGCUGUCUAUAAUAGAUAUUAUCAUUUAUUUAAAAAAGGUGAAUUAGAUGCUUUAUUUGAACAAAUUGAGGAUUCAGUGAUAGAAACUUCUGGCUAUGAUAGAGAUAACCAUUAUGUUAUUGCACAUAAAAAAUAA